CUCAUGUUCAAAUUUAAUUGUGUGCAAAAUUUUAGACAAAUUAUUGAGCCAUCAUCCGGGGAAUGGUUGUAAUUCAAAUUAUUCUUAUAUGCAUCAUUUAAAUUAGUAUAACAAAUAAGCCUGUUGAAUUCCAGCAAUUUUCGUUAAUUACAUCUAGAGUUAUGGCCCUUGUUUCACUUUUUUCAAUCUUGUAAACGCUCUAAUACCAACAGUUAUCAUCCGAUCUGUUUGAAAUUGAUAUACAUCAUUUAAAUUAGUGAAACGAAGAAGCUUAUUGAAAUUCAGCAAUUUCAGUUAAUUACAUCUAGAGAUAUGGUCCUUGUUUAACUUUGUUGUACCUUGUGAAUGCUCUAACGACAAAAGUUAUUAUCCGAUCUGUGUGAAAUUUAUAUGUAUCGUUUAAAUUAGUAAAACGAACAAGCCUAUUGAGUUUCAGCAAAUUUCCGUUAAUUACAUCUAGAGUUAUGGCCCUUGUUUCACUUCGUUGAAUCUUGUGAACGCUGGAACGACAAAAGUUAUCACCUAAUCUGUAUGAAAUUCAUAUGCAUCAUUUAAAUUAGUGAAAUAAAGAAGCCUAUUGAAUGUCAGCAAUUUCCGCCAAUUACUUCUAGAGUUAUGACCCUUGUUUUACUUUGUUGAACCUUGUGAACGUUCGAGCGACAAAAGUUAUCAUCCGAUCUGUAUGAAAUUUAUAUGCAUUAUUUUAGUAAAACGAAAAAGCCUGUCGAAUUUCAACAAUUUCUGUAGAUUACUUCCAGAGUUACGACCCUUGUUUUAGUUUUUAGAACCUUGUGAACCCUCAAAUGACGAAAAUUGUAAUGUCGUCUGUAUGAAUUGUCUAUUAAAUUUCCUUAAUUACCUACAAAAAAAUAAAUAUGCGACAACCCUUGUCGACCGCACGGACGAUAAUUUAGCUGCUGUGGGCGUAUGUUUUGUUGUCUGGCAACCCAUCUUUUUCUAUAUUAACACUACUACGGUUUCAACUUCAUACAUCUAUUGAUUAUAUUGCCCGACAUAAGUGUUAUUAUUUAUUGCCCUAAAUUGUAACCAUUUUAUAUAAGACUAAGGAAACAUCGACGGAUUUACAUUGCAAUGUUGACAGAGCAGUCGUAGAAAGGAAUACUCACUACUGGUAUCGCGCUCGACCGACCACAUGCUGAUUGGCUGAGAAUCAUCGUCAAAAUCAUGUUUAGCCAAUGGGGCUGUUUUAAUAAUAAACGAUACUUCGCAAGGCAAUAUCGCUGGUUGUCAAACACUGUAACUUUUAGAAACAUCCAUCCUCACCAUUCAGACGCCGAUUAGAUUACCAUAAUGGAUAUUCCGUUGAACAUUUUGGUUUAUUUGGCCUUGCCAGCUCUUUUGUCUUUUUCGUGGAUCAAGUAUAGAGGCUUGGAAUAUGUUCUCAUCCAUUACCGUUGGGUUUUCGUCUGUAUUUUCUUGCUACCGGCUUCUGUGGUAUACGAUAGCUUGAUAUUUUUAAGGCACUGGGCUGUGUUUCAUUUCAAUUCGGCACCGAAGCAGCAUGAAAAAAAGGUUCAAAAUGUGCAACGACAGGUACGGAAAUGGAAAGAUGAUGGCAGCGUUGUUCAGAUGUGUACAGCCCGACCAGGCUGGUCAAAUAUCAGUUUUAGAAGUGGUUUGUAUAAGAAAAAUCUACGAAAUAUUGAGGUCAACCUUUUUGACAUACUGUCUGUUGAUACAAAAGAUGAAGUCCUCCAUGUGGAACCUCUUGCUACCAUGGGACAGAUAACAGCAUUUUUAAAUCCCCUUGGGUGGACAUUACCAGUAUUACCAGAACUAGAUGACCUGACUGUUGGUGGGCUUAUAAUGGGAGUUGGUAUAGAGACAUCAUCACACAAGAAAGGUUUAUUUCAACAUUGUUGUAUAGAAUUUGAAUUGGUACUAGCUGAUGGUAGUGUUGUAACUUGCAGUAAGAAUGAAAACACUGAUUUAUUCUACUCUGUUCCAUGGUCGUAUGGAACACUGGGAUUUUUGGUGUCUGCCAAAAUGAAAAUUGUACCAGCCAAAAAGUAUGUAAAGGUGGAAUACAUGCCAGUUCAUACUACUAACAGUAUGGUGGAGAAAUUUGAGGAGGAAUGUAAGAAACCUACAGGCAACCAGUUUGUUGAAUGUCUUGUGUAUUCACAAUCUGAAGGUGUCAUAAUGACUGCUAACAUGACAGACGAAGUAGAAGAUGACAAGAUUAACUGUAUUGGAAGAUAUUACAAGCCUUGGUUCUUUAAACAUGUUGAAGAAUUUUUGAAAAAAGGUCCUGCUGUAGAAUAUAUACCAUUACGACAUUAUUAUCAUAGACACACUCGCAGUAUUUUCUGGGAACUACAGGAUAUUAUACCAUUUGGCAAUAAUCCUAUUUUCCGCUAUCUCUGUGGAUGGAUGGUCCCUCCAAAAAUAUCAUUUUUGAAACUCACUCAAGGAGAAACCAUUAAACGCAUGUAUGAACGCUUCCAAAUAAUCCAGGAUAUGUUAGUUCCAAUGAAAGAUCUGAAAGAAUCCCUUGCUGUCUUCCACAAGGAGACAGAGGUGUAUCCGCUGUGGUUGUGCCCUUUUAUGUUGUAUAACCAACCGGGUAUGGUACAUCCAGCUACCGAAAGUGAUGCAAUGUAUGUAGAUAUUGGUGCUUAUGGAACACCCAAGGCAGAAACAUAUGAAACAGUCUCUACAACCAGGCGAUUGGAGGCCUUUGUGCGAAGUGUGAAAGGGUUCCAAAUGUUGUACGCCGAUUCAUACCUGGAUAGAAAUGAGUUCCAUGAGAUGUUUGAUCAUUCUUUAUAUGAUAAAAUGAGAAUAUCCCUCAACUGUAGAUCUGCUUUUCCUGAAGUCUAUGACAAAAUAAACAGGAAGGCUCGAGCUUAAUGUACAAGAUUGUACAAGUUACUUGUCUUGCUGGGCUCACACAUCUGAGUAUGAAGUUCAUUUCACUCCAGUUCUAAAUCUUUAAAUUUGAUUACUCUGUUGGUAAAGUUUUUUUUUUUCAUCCUGUGAAUUUUCUUUUACAUAAUGAAUACUCAUCAGUUAAGUGUAUAUGUUCAAAUGGCUAAUUUUUAAAUCAAGUCAUUUAGGAUGAUUUGAAUAGCUGUUCAUUACGGGUUUGAUAUUAUAUAUAAUAUGUAAUCUAAAAUCAUAUUAAGAUAUCAAAUCAAAUUUGCAUAAAUAGUAGAUCAAUAUUAUGGCAUAAAAAAGUUUAAUUAUGUGUCAAAUAUGUAGAAUAAUAUGGUGUUAAACUUAUGUGAACUAGAAAACAAAAGACAGUCUAUAAGCGGGAAAAAGAUAUGUAAAGUCUACAGACACCUAAUUAAUAGCUACUUUCUAAGUUUUGAAGUCAUCUAUUAAAGCCUAGUAUGAAAUGAAACUAUGAAUAGAAAAGCAAUACAGAUUUAUCUAAUUUCAAUUGAUUUUCUUUCAAAUAAACAGUGAGUGUUUACAUUAGAGUGAUUAGACCAUUGAUUUGUGGAUAACUAACAGGCUUAUUAUAUAAUAGAGUAAAUAACACAUGAUUACUAAUCAAAAUACGUUAUAAAUCAAACUUAUGGUUCAUGCGACCUUGAUAUUUAUUUUGUUGAUAUUAAUUGAUAUUGAUUUCUGCAUUUUAAAAUAGUCAUUACUAUAGAAAUCCCGAGUUAAGUGUAGUUAUUAAUAGUAUUAAGUUGAAAUACAUAUUUGAUUAAAUCUCAUUUUUCAUUUAUGUAGUAAACUGAAACAUGCAUUUCUGGUCAGAAUAAUAAUAAUAAUAAAAAAACUUCAUAAAAAAUGCCAUUAUUUCUUGCCAUGCAUAAACAAAGCAUCUGCAUUGAAUUUUAUAUUUACAUUAUAAUGUGGUGGUAUGUUGUGUCUUACAAAUACCUGAUACCAGUACUGUUCUAGGAACUUAGAUGGAUUGUUCGACAAGUAACAGGAAUAAACCCCACAAAAAUUCAGAACUGGCCACCAAUUACCAGCAAAGUUGUUUCCCCUGUUAAUGAACAUCUAUAAUCACUCACCAAGAAAUAAGCUCUAAUAAAGGUUGAGCUUUUUUCUGUAAAUGACAAUUUCUAAAGUGAUUAUCUAAAGCACGGUGUAGAUUGACACGGCGAUUGGAAGCAACACAACUGAUCUUUUGCAAUGGAUCUACAUGUUCGGUGUACAUCGACACUUCAGCAACUGGAGGAAACUGACAUGUGUACAUCAGCAUGUGUACAUCAACAUGAGUGAAACUGAAAAACAGGUGCUUAAGUAGGUCAUGUGAUUUUUUCAUCAGCAAAAACAGGCAACUGAUCGUAUCCUCUCAGUUGCUCCCAGUUGUCAACAACUAGUUGUCUCCACAGUUGCAAGGGCCGAUGUACUCCGUACUUAACAACUUCAGUGCAGGUGCAUUGUCAGCAUCAGUUUGUAUUCAAGUAUAAAUAGUCAUAUACUUGAUAUUGUCCUAAUUUUAUAUUUAGAUUGCCAGUUAUGGCAACAACAUAAGCUGUCAAUAAUAUUUUGAAUAAAACAAUCCAAAAGCACAUAACUGAAAUAGCAUUGAAAUAUUGUGCAUGCACAAUAUCAGCACAAUUUUUGUUAGAUUUUAAAAGCAUAUAACUUAACAUGACUCUGAUAAUAUAUAAUAUGGUUGAUAAAUCUUAAUAAUUUGGGAAUUUUAUUAUCUUGAUGCAACCUAUCUACAGGUUGGAGCUUUUUUGAUGGAUUGGUUCAGAUAGUGAUAAUCUAUAACAGCUCCAGUUAAACUUCUGGUGGUUGUAUGUCAUGUUAUAUUUUUGUUUUACAAUGUUGCAAAUUCAUAAAAUAUGUUAUUGUGAAAUGUUAUAUUUAUUUAAACAUACAUUAUGCAAGAGCUAAAUCUGCCUAUUGCAGGUCUUUCUUUAGGCUUGAAAUGUUAUAUAAACUAUUAAUUAGACAUUAAUUAACUUAUCCAAACCAUAAUCAACUCUCAAUGUCAUCUUAUGUGUCGGAUUUUCACUGGAUUUAAAUCUGAUCAGCUGCUCGACGCUCAUUGAUGAUUAAAUCCAAAAAUGGAUAAUCGAUACUAUGUUUUUUAUCAUGCCAACUUUAGUAAUGAUGAUCGAGGCUAGGCUUAAAUUCAAAAGCUAAUAUCAAUUUGACUGAAAUUUUCAACAUAUUCUAUUUACGUUAUCUAUUUUUAAACGCCCACAUUAUCAUGUAUUAUGCCGUUUGUGGACACUCUACAGGUCACAAUUUUUAUCCAAUUUUGACGAAACUUGAAAUAUAGGUCUAUCUCCCACAGAUCUCGGUUCCUUUCGAUAUUGGCGUGUAUCGGACCAUAACUUCAUGGAUUGGAUGAACAAAAUCACGUUUUUAGCUUGUGGACACUCUAGAGGUCACAAUUUUCACCAGAUUUUGAUGAAACUUGAAAUGCAUGUUUAUAACCCAAAGAUCUCUGUUCCUUUCGAUAUUCACGCAUAUCUGAUCGUAACUUUCUGAAUUAUGGCCCCAGAUUGUACAAAAAAUCGCGCUUUUACCGUGUGGUCCCUCUAGAGGUCACAAUUAUAAUCCGAUUUAAAAAAACGUUUGAAUGUCGGCCGAGUUCAAAUUUUGUGAAAAUGAGACCAAAACUGCCGAACAAAAUGGCCGCCCCUUGUACGCAAAUAGUGUAAACAUCUGGUAUAUCAAGGUUGUGGUCCCUCUAGAGCUCACAAUUUUGAUCUGAUUUUGCAUGUUUAUAACCCAAAGAUCUUGGAUCCUUUUGGUAUUCAUGCAUGUCAGAUCGUAACUUUCUGAAUUGUGGUCUCUAAUUGUUUGAAAAAUCGCAUUUUUAGCUUGUGAAUUCUCUUGAGGUCACAGUUGUUUAUCCAAUUUUAAAAAACGUUUAAAUAUAUAACCAUUCCAAUUUGAAUUUCUGGUAAAUGGAAAUGAAACUGCACGACAAAAUGGCCGCUCUUUGUAUCCAAUUUUGAAGAAACUUAAAAUAUAUCUUUAUAUCCCAAAGAUCUCAGUCCCUUUUGAUAUUUGUGCAUUUCAGACCAUAACUUUCUGGAUUAUGGCCCCUGAUUGUACGAAAAAUCGCUUUUGUUUUUAGCUUCUUCUCUAUCCAUCUCUUGCAAAAUGUGGGCGCAUCUUGCCUGGCAACCGCUGGUUUAACCAUUAUAGCGAGAGCAGUCAACUCUUUAUCUAAUCUCCCAUAAUAUAUCUUUAAUUGUAUAUCCCACCAAAAUUACAAAAAAUUCUCUUUGGCGCAUUAAUUAUAUAGAAAUAUGUUUUAAAAAUGCAAUAUGUCAUUGCAAGCUUGUCAAUUCUGUAUGAUGAAUCAUAAUAUAAAACUAAAUCAACUGUUGAAUUUUUAUGUUAUUAGUAUUGUUGAUUAAUUUUUUCUUAAAACAUUUUUGUCUAUGAAUAUUUGUGCAUAUGAUUAAGUUUUUCGUUUUGCUCAUUAUUAUUUUAAUUUGUUGCUCACUCUUUCAUUUGUGUUACUGGUUUUUCAGGUACGAUUUCCCUGUCAACCUAUUGUUUUUCAAAUAUUAUUUUCAGUGAUAAAAAUCUCCACUAUUUAUUAUAACCUUGUAUAGUUAAUUAUUAUGUAAUUAAUUUUAAUGGAAUCAUAGUCAUUUUAUAAAACUGUAUUCUUUUCAAAAUGAAAUACCGGUAUAGAAGAAGUUUUCUGUGGCGCCUCUUGAAUUAGUCUACCGCCAGACAGAACAAGAAUUGUGCCCUAAAUUGAAAUUUCUGUUCAUUUUAAUGGAAUCAUUAUUACUUUAUAAAAAAUGGAUCCUUUUCACAAUUAGAUAUAGAAGAAUUUUUUUGUGGUGCAUCUUGGGUUAGUCUGCAAUCUGCAGCUGGUUGAAACUAGAAAUUUACCCAAAACUGAAGUCUGUAUUAGUAUAAAAAAUCUCUUGACAUUUAACCUAUUAUUCUUUUUAUAAUUCUUGUUUUCUUUGUGUAUUAUUUAUUCAUAUCUAUGUUACCAGUGUGUUAUUGCAGACAUUUUAAUAAAUUUGUGUAUAUUCCUAUAGAACUGAUAGUGAGCUAAUUACAAUUAAGUAUGUCUAAUGUCCACUUGUAGUUUUAUGAAGACUUGAUUAUGUUUUGGUCAUGUUUGAUAUUAGUACAAAAGUAAAUGAAGGUCAAAGGUUAUCCAAUUUACCAGGACUGGAUGUAGCUUUUAUCAGUGCGAUCAUCAAACAAAAAUCAAACAUUUGAGUUGGAGAACUUCAAAUUUAGUAUUAGCUCUGUAGUUUAGUGGUCAUGUGCAUUGAUCAAAUGCAGUUUGACUCAAUACUUUAUUGGUAUUGUAUCUUGUUUUGAUUUCUUGCAAAUAUAUAUUUAAUAGAAUUAUUUAAUGUAACCACCCGGUAUUUAGAGUGAUUGUGAAGUUAUAUAUAUUUAUUUUUCUCAGUUUAAUACAUGUGUAUAAAUUCAAAAUUGAUUUAUAUUCAUUAACGAUUAUAUAAGCAGAACAGACAUAGGAUCAUUGAUGAAAAGUGACUUGUAUUAUUGUCAAACAAAUACAUCUGCAGGCAUAAAUGUCAAUCUUGUCAAAGAUGAAUUAUGAAUGGAAAUUAUUAAUUAUUUUCAGUUAGAAGUGUUUACAAUAUGUCAAUUUUUUUCCAGGUAUAAUAAGGUAUUGAAUUAUGCAGUUUUUAAUAGUCAAAUGGUGAUAUAUUACCUAAUUGUUCGAUAUUAAAUUGUUGAAUUGGCAAAAAAUUUUUUAUAAAAUGGAAUAUUUACAUAUUAUACACUGAUUUACCCGGUGUUAGAAAUCCCAUACUGUAUUACGUCAGUAUUUUAUUUUAAUAGCUUUAAUUCAUAAUUUAACUGAUGCUUCUUUUUUAUUUAAUGAUAUUUGAUACUUACUUUUUCAUACUUAAGCGUUUUUGUAUAAGCUCGAAUAUGUUCUUGUUCAGAAAAUAUAUCUGUAUUCAUUUACAAAAUUAAAACUACUUACCAGUGAAAACAUCUUCAAACUAUAGUAGAUAUUAAAAAAAAACUGGCAAAAGCCUUAAUACCGUUUCCAUUUGGAAAAAAUAUUUUCGUGGAGACCUGUGAUAAACUUAUUCCCUUGAAAGUCAGAUUUCAGGUGUAUCUUUCUCUAGGGCGUGGGAUUAAUUUCCAAGAAUGGGCAUUUACUCAAAAUCUGUAAUACUGGGCAUCUCACAGUUAUCUAUUCCAUUGAGUCUGCCAAGUCUGCAAAAUAUAUCUCUGACUAAAGGAAUAUGUAUUACCCGCUACUCUUAUUGUCCCCCACCUUUUGAAGAAAGCAAGGGACUAUUAAAAUGGCUUCUUCCCCCGUCCGACACACUUUUUGGGACACAAUAUCUCUCCUUCUAAUUGAACUAGAAUGUUCGAAUUUGGUGUAGGUGUUUAUUAGGUCAAUGCAGAGCGAUACGCAAUUUGAUUGGUCGAGACGUUGGAACUCAAUAACUCUCCUUCUAAUUGAGGUAGAAUGUUCAAACUUGGUGUAGGCAUUCAUUAGUUGAAUGCCUCGAUAGAGUUGAUGAUGAACAUUGUCUGCUUACGGUAAGCAGAGAUAUGCAAUUUGAUUGGUUGAUGCUUUUGGACACGAUAACUUUGGUUAUAAUUAAGUGAGAGCGAUGAAACUUCGAGUAUAGAUUCAUUACAUCAUUACCUUGACUAAGUUCGAUGAUGAGAAAUUUCUGCUAGCGAUAAACUAUUUGAUUGGUCAAGACUUUGGCACAAUUCUACUUUGCUUUUAAUUGAGGUAGAAUGUUUAAAGUAGCUAAGACUCUAACUCAAUAUCAUCCAAAAUCUUCGACAUUGAAAACACGAUUUAUUUGUCGGUUUAAAUCAACAUUGAUGUUGUGAUCUUACUGGGAAAAGAUUGCCUUCUGAUAUCCAAUAUUUAAGACAAAAUAAACAUUUUUCAAUUGGUACACGAAUUGUGUACCAUAAUGCGUUUCAGCACUAUUUGUAAUAAGGGACUCGGAAAAACGAGGCUAGGCAUAUUCCACAAGUCAUGUCAAACGAUCAUGCUAUAUUCUUAUCUUGAGAGCAUGCUAACAGCGUAAACUUGAAUAACCUGACGCUAGAGAUUGAAAUUCGAUUGAGAAUACUGGCGUAUUUCGCCGAACCUAACUGAUUAGAAAUUACAGUAAAAACAGAAACAAUUGAAUGUAAAUCAAUUUAUAUACAUUCAUAUUACAUUAUUGUAUGCAUUGCGACCCAUUUGUGUCAAAUUCUGGGUCCCAAAUAUUAGCGACUUAGCUCCUUUAAACUUAAUGUAGAUGUUCAUUAGGAGGUGAAUGUCUUGACUGAGUUCAAAAAUUAACAUUUCCUGCUAAAGCUAAUAAAGCUAAGCAGAGCUAAGCAAUUGCUUUGACUUUGAUUCUAUCUGAUAGAGAGUGAUAAAACUUGGUGUAUAGUUGAUAAUCAGUUUGAUUGCUCGAUACUUUUGAAAAAGAUAAAGGUGUAAUUAAUUAAUAUGUGUCAUCUAUUUAUUUUGGGGUUUCGGCGGGGGACAUCAGCCUCACUGUUGGCUUGUUUAUACUGAGAUUGGUACCAAAUUAAAAACAGAUCAACUUUAAUUAGUAUUAAUUUUAUGAACAAAUUUUCUGAUAAAAUGAAUGUAGUAAUAUAGGAAAUUAACAAAAUGA